AUGGGCAACAUGAGCACCGCCGUCACUGAAAUUCGCAGUUACACUUCAGAACCCGUCAGCGCUCAAACUUUUCUAAUAUUAAUCAUCUCUUGGGCUUUUCUAGGACUUGUUUCUGCUGGGUUAAAUAUUCUCGUCUGCGCUAUGGUAUACACUGACAAAAAACUUCGCAACAUGACGAAUUAUCUGGUCGUCAGUCUUUCCGUGUCUGAUCUUCUGGUUGCCUUCGUGUUUGUACCCGUGUAUAUCACCGACUAUUACGCUAGGACAGUAAUCGGUGAUUACUUUGUAGCGUUUAUCCUGUUAGCAACAGUAUUUAAUCUGUGCGGUGUAACGUACGAACGUUAUAUUGCGUUGACGCGACCCUUCCGUUACCGUACCAUCAUAAGUUGUCAGAAGGUGUGCGUCAUUAUUUUCUGUUCUUGGAUUUUUCCGCUGUUAUUAAGUCUUCUACCACUGGCUUGGAAUACAAAUGUCAAGGCCACUGUUCACAAAGUUUACCUCUCCGUCAUGUUAACUUUGUUUAUAUUUAUCCCUUGUACUACCAUGGUAUGCGUUUACAUGCGCUUGUUGCGUGUCGUCCACCGUUUUGUUCUGCGUAAUAAGGGACGGUCGACAAGAGGGAACGCCACCGGCUAUCAAGUUGGAAACGAAGAAAAGGCGGCACGAGUCUUUGCAAUAGUACUGGCCAUGUUCCUGUUAUGUUGGCUUCCUCUGAUUUACAUCAAUAUAUGCUGGAUCACUGACCAGUCACAACUCGUUACUAAUGAGCUGAUUUUCAUCUCGUUUUACACGCUAGAGCUGAACUCCAUUCUUGAUCCUGUUAUCUGUGCGUUUUUUAAGCGCGAUUUCCGCAGUGCUUUAAAAAGGCGAUUCAAGUUCUUUUGCGUCAGAGGAGAAGAGCACAGCGACACGAGAAUUGAUUCUGACAUAAAUAUUGCUUUGAGAGUAAUCUCCACCAGAAGCAAAAACUCUGGGUACUCCCCAGAGUUAGUACAGGGAGCAGCCAUUUUCGUGUAA